CCUCUCUAUCAUUGGUCGCCUCGGAGGCCACUCUUUUCCUUCGCCGGCACGCCCAGAAAGGGGCAGGGCUGAUGGGACAUUGCUAAGCGACCGAGAUGCCGGCGGGGUCCGUCCGGUGACCCCAAGAGCGGAAGCGCUGAGGUAGCUGCGGAAUGGACCGCAGCCUGCCGGCUCUCUCUAUCCAAGACAGAGCGCCUGGAGGUGCUUCCCCGGGUCGAAGCCGCUACUGGUCAUCUGGAGGCCGGACGUGGUGCUCCAAGACCCUGAGCCCAUCCAGGUCCCAGAGGUCCAGGCUCCCACAGGCUCCCAAGGCUGCAGCCACAGGUCCCACCUCCCCUGAGCCAUCGGAGGAGUCCUGGCCGUCCAGUUCAGGGACCCCUUCCCCACCCGCCACCACUGAGGGACACACGGGGGCCUCCCCGUCACCUCCCCUGAUUGACAGCGGGGAUUCCGUGGUGGCCAAGUACAUAAACAGGUUCCGCCAAGCUCAGCCCACCAGCCGAGAGGAGCGCAAGCCUGCAGGUGCGACCCAUGCUGACUUUUGGUGGCUGCAGCCCGAGCCUCCAGUCCCCAGCAGUGAACUUGCAGCAGGAACUAACAAGCCAGAGGAAAGACCAAAUCCAGCAGUUCCAACCCCUGCCAUGGCGGCCAGUGCGUCCCGGGCUGUGGCUCCCCUGCAGGAAAUGAAGCAGAGCCUCAACACAUGGAACUCAUCCCUGCUGGACCUGGAGACGCUGAGCCUCCAAAGGAGAGCCACCAAGCUGCUGCGACGCAGCAAGGCCUCCACCUCCUCCUCCUCCUUCAGCCCGAGCGACGCCAGCAGUGCCUCGUUCCCCGUCAGCUCCGAUGGCCUCUCUGCCUUCUCCAUGACCUUCACCCCUGAGUCCGGCGAGGGCUCUGCCCCCAGAGAGCCUGCAGCCCCUGCGCCGGCCCAGGCCGCCACCCCUGCGCCAGCCCCCACCUCCUCCCAGGCACCCCUUCGCCCAGAGGAUGACAUUUUGUACCAGUGGCGGCAGCGGCGGAAGCUUGAACAGGCUCGAGGGGGCCACGGAGAUGGCCCCUGGGUGCUGCCCCAGACCGUUCCUACCUCGUCUGGCCCUGCGGUGACCUCUGGUCCCCUGGGGACCCAGCCUAGCUCCGUCCCACCGUGGGGCGGCGUGGCCCGGCCUGGUCCCCCGGAGGCCUUCUAUGUGGAGAGGCAUCCUGUUCCCCAUGGGUGUCCUCCACAUAUCUUCUGGGCUCCCAAUCCUCAUGGGUUUUUCUGGGCCCCACAGUCUGGUCCCUGGGUAUCUCUUGGGACUGUGCCUCCAGUACCACUGGCCCCCACUCCAGCUCCCCUGGCCUCUAACCUGGCUCCCCCAACCCCUGCCUCUGCUCCCCCAGCCCCCACCCCAGCUCCCCUGGCCUCUAACCUGGUUCCCCCAACCCCUGCCUCUGCUCCCCCAGCCCCCACCCCAGCGCCCACUGCCUCCACCCCAGCUCCCCUGGCCUCUAACCUGGUCGGCCAGACAUCCUCAGCUGCUCCCCAGGGCCUGCCCACCAGUGAGCCCAGCAGCUCCGUCCGGCUUGAGAAGCUGGGCGCCAAGCCCCGGAAGGGCAGAGCCCCGUGCCGGGAGGCUGCUGUCCAAGUCUCUGCCGUUGAUGCUGACGAGGGACCUGACCCACAGCUCAGAGGCGCCCUCGACCAGGUGGUGACUGACCGGCUGUUCCGGGACAGCCUGGAGGACACGCCCCCUCGCCUCGUGGACCCACCUCCACCCAAGGCCACACCCCUCCGAGCCCGGGUCACGCCCCCUCUAUCUGAAUCCUGCCGUCCCUCUAAAGCCAAGGCGGGGUCCGCCCCCUGCAAGGGCAAAACCACUCCGGGGACUGACGUUGGGCGCCUGCCGCCCGAGGCCCCACCCCCUGCAGCUGCGGAGCCCUCUGCGCUCACCAAGGCCGCGCCAUCCGAGUUCAAGGUGGACUCUCCUGAAGCUGUGGCCACGCGGUCUCCGGCUGCGGCCCCUGCCCACCCUGAGGAUGUCCUCUGCCAGGCCGCCCAACUUCUGCAGGCGGCUGACGACUCCGAUGGCAGCGAGUUCCAGGAUGACCCCGUGCUACAGGUGCUAAGAGCCCAGAGGGCAAUGCUGCGACAGCAGAAAAGGAAAGUGGACGCCCAGUUGUCUCUCCUACUGGACUCAGCAGAAGACGCGGGGUCUUGGUCGCCACCAGCCAGGUCUCCCCCCAGGUCCCCAAGGAGGCGGCUGAGGAGGGAAGGAGCCUCCCUGGAGGCCAGGCGGCUCUGAGUUGUAUAAAUUCUGUUUUGCCCAGUGA